AUGAAAGCUUUUCAUUUUGAUGAAAAGAUCCUGCUGAAGAAGGCAAGGAGAGAGGAGAGGAGACAAGGAGAGAGGAGAGGUGACAAGGAGAGAGGAGGAGACAAGGAGAGAGGAGAGGUGACAAGGAGAGAGGAGGAGACAAGGAGAGAGGAGGAGACAAGGAGAGGAGGAGACAAGGAGAGAGGAGAGAAAACAAGGAGAGUCAACAAGGAGGAGACAAGGAGAGAGGAGAGAAAACAAGGAGAGAGGAGAGGUGACAAGGAGAGAGGAGGAGACAAGGAGAGAGGAGGAGACAAGGAGAGAGGAGGAGACAAGGAGAGAGGAGGAGACAAGGAGAGGAGAGGUGACAAGGAGAGAGGAGGAGACAAGGAGAGAGGAGGAGACAAGGAGAGAGGAGGAGACAAGGAGAGAGGAGGAGACAAGGAGAGAGGAGAGGUGACAAGGAGAGAGAGGAGACAAGGAGAGGAGAGGAGACAAGGAGAGAGGAGAGGAGACAAGGAGAGAGGAGGAGACAUGGAGAGAGGAGGAGACAAGGAGAGAGGAGGAGACAAGGAGAGAGGAGGAGACAUGGAGAGAGGAGAGGUGACAAGGAGAGGAGCGGAGACAAGGAGAGAGGAGGAGACAAGGAGAGAGGAGAGGUGA